CUGCCUCUGUGAUCUACAGCACUGCCUUGCUCCAAUACCACAUGGCAUGACUCCUUACAUGAGACUCAUAAGUGUUAUGCAGGAACACAUGAACUACUGAUCUCUAUCUUUAAUUAACAACACUCUCUUUAAAAGAGAUACAUAUAUACACCAAGAUGUCUCAGUUACAGGCUCGGUUCUUCACGGAAAACAAAAAGUAUCUUAUAGAUGAUGUCCCAUUCUCCAUCCCUGCUGGAUCUGAAGUGAAGGACCUCAGUAAUGUCAUCAACAAGCUACUGGAAGCUAAAAAUGCGUCUCACACCACAGUGGAGUUUGACUUCCUGGUCAGGGGUCAGUUCCUGCGAUCAUCGCUUUCCACUCACAUGGAGACAGAAGGCAUAUCCACGGAAGACGUGGUGGAGAUUGAGUACGUAGAGCGGAUCACAGCCCCAGAACCAGAGGAGUGUAUGAUGCACGAUGACUGGAUUAGCGCUGUAGAUGCAGAUUCAGAAUGGAUUCUAACAGGCUCAUACGACAAGACAGCCAGGAUCUGGUCCGUGGAGGGCAAGGCGGUGAUGACAGUCGCCGGGCACUCAGAUGUUGUGAAAGAUGUGGCAUGGGUGAAAAGAGACGGUCUGACCUCUCUGCUGCUGACGGCGUCUCUGGAUCAGACCGUGCUGCUGUGGGAGUGGAACUCCGAGAGGAACAAAGUGAAAGCCAGACACUGCUGUCGGGGGCACACGGGGAGCGUUGACACCGUCGCAACAGAUCCUACUGGCUCGAAGUUCUGCAGUGGCUCCUGGGACAAAAUGUUGAAGAUUUGGUCAGCAGUUCCCACAGACGAGGCAGAUGAGGUUGAAGAGCCCGCUGACAGACCGAGGAAGAAACAGAAGACUCAACAGCUGGGCCUGACCAGGACUCCUCUGAUGACGUUAUCCGGACACAACGAGGCAGUGUCCUCCGUCCUGUGGUGCGACAGCGAGGAGGUUUGCAGUGCAUCGUGGGAUCACACCAUCCGUGUGUGGGAUGCAGAGACGGGAGCAAUGAAGACUACACUGACAGGCAGCAAAGUGUUCAACUGUAUAUCCUACUCCCCUCUGUGUCGACGGCUGGCCUCAGGCAGCACAGACAGACACAUCAGACUGUGGGACCCUCGCACUAAAGACGGGUCGUUGGUGCUGCUCUCUCUGACCUCCCACACUGGCUGGGUCACGGCUGUGAAGUGGGCGCCGUCACACGAGCACCAGCUGGUCUCCGGUUCUCUUGACAAUCUUGUUAAACUGUGGGACAUCAGAAGCUGUAAGGCUCCUCUGUAUGACCUGGCGGCCCAUGAGGACAAAGUAUUCUGUGUGGACUGGACAGAAAGUGGGCUGAUGUUGAGCGGAGGCGCAGAUAACAAGCUGUACACCUACAGAUACUCAGCCUGUCAGACGGAUGCGGGGGCGUAGACUCCCUGGCCGACAAUCCAGCACAGAGAUCCACCUCAUCCAUCACCACUGACACAAAACGGACAUAAAAUAAACAAUACAAGUGUUUGAAUUUUA